AUCGAUCUCAAAUAUUUAUUAGAGAAAGAGAUAGAUAAGAGAUGGAGGGAGGUAUGAGCGGAGUAUACGGCGGUGGAGACGGCGGAAGCUUCCCGUACCACCAUCAUCAAGCGUUAGAAGGCGGUGUUUUGAUGUCGAGGGACCCCAAACCACGUCUACGGUGGACUCCUGAUCUUCAUGAACGUUUUGUUGAUGCUGUUACCAAGCUUGGUGGUCCUGACAAGGCAACUCCUAAGUCAGUGUUGAAGUUGAUGGGAUUAAAAGGGUUGACAUUGUACCAUUUAAAGAGCCAUUUACAGAAAUACAGGCUUGGACAACAGUCUAAGAAGCAAAAUAGUUCUGAAGGGAAAACAGAUUCCACUAAUCCGAGAAAUUCAUACUCAAGAUAUAGCCUUCACUGCUCAGAGGCAAGUACUAGUGGUACAGGCCACGGUUCAUCAAGUGGAAGUUACGAUCUAGGAGAUAUUCCAAUCACGGAGGCACUAAGAAGUCAACUCGAAAUACAGACCAAAUUACAAGAUCAAUUAGAGGUUCAACAAAAAUUACGAACAAGGAUAGAGGCACAAGAAAAGUACUUACAAGCCAUAUUAUGCAAAGCGCAACAAGGCAUUUCUGUUGAUAUGAGUUGCCCUAGUAGUAACAAUAAUAGUUGUAACAAUAAUGAUGAUAAUAAUCUAAGUAAUCAAGAAAGUCUAAUGUUUAGUGAACAUGUUAAUAGUAAGGAGAUGAAAUCAAUUUUUGAUCAAAUUUAUCCUGAUCAUCGUCGGUCCGAAGGCGAUCAUCAAGAUUACAAGGGAGAUUUGUUGAAGAUUAAGCAUGAAGCAGGUGCAUCAGGAAAUUAUUGUUCCUUGCAAUUGAACUUAAACAAUGGUAGUGGUACUAGUAACCAUGGUUAUGACUUUGGUGGUGCACAUGGGGCUGAAUUUGAAGCCAAAUUGCUUGCUUAUAGAAGAUAAUAACAACAAUUUGACCAAAGUUUAGCCUCCUAAUUAUUACUGUACUUUAAUUUGUUAAUGAUGUAUAGGUACAAUUCUAAUUAGAAUUAAAUAUACAAAUGAUUUAAUUUGGAUUUUUUUUAUUAUAUUAUUUCUUCUUUCGACGUUUCUAUAUUUUGUCCAUAAACAUUUAUGAACGAGCAUUUCCAUGCUCAUGU